CGCCCACCUUGGCCAAACAAGUACAAGUACCAUGCCCCGAUCGGUCAUGUAGACAAAGCCCCCCCAAGCAAAGCAACGCGAACACACGACCACUCUAGAGCACAACCCUCUAGCAGCUCACGCGCCAAGCACAUCCCACCCCCCCCUCGGCAACCCGAUCACACCUCCAUCUCCCAACCCCCCCGAACACAAAUAUCAUGGGCGCCGGUCCAGCCGUCAGCGGCCCACAGGGCGACACGAGCGCGCUCGCUGCCGUCCUCGGUGGACGCGACACCCGCUUCUACAAGGGUCACUACAAGAAGCUCACUGCUUGCAUUGUCCUCCUCCUCAUCACGUCCAUGACCAACGGUUACGACGGUUCGAUGAUGAACGGUCUCCAGUACGUAGAUAUGGCCCUCGACACCUGGAAGACGUACUUUGACAACCCCGAGAACAAGCCUACUCUGUUCGGCGUUUUCAACGCUAUCCAGAACAUUGGUGGUCUGGUCGGUCUCCCCUUCGCUCCCUACGUCUCCGACUACUUUGGCCGUCGUUUCUGCAUCUUCCUCGGCUGUGUUAUCAUGCUCGGCGCCACUGCCCUCCAGUCGGCCGCGACCAACACUGGCAUGUUCAUUGCCGCCCGUGGUCUUAUCGGUUUCGGUCUCUCGUUCGCCUCGGUUGCCGCCCCCGUGCUGAUCACCGAGAUCGCCUUCCCCACCCACCGUGGCCCGGCCACCUCGCUCUACAACUCGAUGUGGUACCUCGGCUCCAUUGUCGCCGCCUGGACCACGUACGGCACCUUCCGCAUGAACAACAACUGGGGCUGGCGCAUUCCCUCUAUCCUCCAGGGCUUGCCUUCCAUCUUCCAGGUCUUCCUCAUCUGGUUUGUCCCCGAGUCGCCCCGCUGGCUGGUCGACCACGGCAAGGAGGACAGGGCUCGCGACGUGAUUGCCAAGUACCACUGCGACAACAACUACGACGACCCGCUCCUCGACUUUGAGAUGAACGAGAUCAAGGAGCGUAUCCGCGAGGACCGCGAGAACAAGUCGUCGUCGGGAUGGAAGGCCAUGUUCACCGACAAGGGCAACCUCCGUCGUCUCCGCAUCAUCAUUGCCCUCGCCUUCUUCUGCCAGUGGGCCGGUAACGGUCUUGUCUCGUACUACCUCACCCUCAUUCUCAAGGGUAUCGGAAUCACCUCGGCCGGCCACCAGACGCUUAUCAACGGUAUCCUUCAGAUCUACAACUGGGUCCUUGCUCUCCUUGGUGCCUCGUUUGUCGACCGCGUCGGCCGUCGCUUCCUCUUCCUUACCUCGACCGCUGGCAUGUGUGUCAGCUUCAUCUGCUGGACGAUCUGCUCGGCCACGUACGCCAAGUCGUCGACCCAGUUCGCCCCAGAGUGUAUCGCCGAGAACCCCAACAACUUCUCCAGCAACUGUGUCGCACUCAACGGCAACAAGGCUGCCGGUAACGCCGUCAUUGCCUUCAUCUUCCUCUUCUACGGAUUCUACGACAUUGCCAUGACUCCCCUUGUCGUCAGCUACACGGUCGAGAUCACGCCCUACCGUUUCCGUUCCAAGGCUCUCAUGCUCUUCCAGUUCGCCGUCUCGGCCUCGCUCACCUUCAACCAAUACGUCAACCCCAUUGCGCUCGACGCCAUCCACUGGAAGUACUACAUUGUGUUCUGCGUCUUCCUCGCCUUCCAGGUCUUCUACUGCUACCUCUUCGUCAUCGAGACUCGUGGCCCCAACGGACCUCUCCCUCUCGAGGAGAUUGCCGCCCUGUUCGAGGGACCUGGUCGCUACGGCUUCCAGAAGAACCCCUACGAGAACAACGCCAUCGACUCGGAGUCGUUCCACGAGCACGGCUCGGAGAAGAAGCGCGACCACGUCGAGGACUCGUCGUAAGCGGUGGUGAUGAGCUGUUUGGGGGAGCGGGGAGUGGCAGGGAGCAGGAGGGAAGAGAGAAGAUCAAGCUAGUAGUAGUUAUAAGGGUCAAGCCUACAGCGGCUUUAGUCAGUAGUUGUUAUCAUACCAGUCUGUCGAUGGGCAUAUGUCACUCUACAUUUCUGUCA